ACCGCCCGGCCCGUGGCUCGCAGUGCUCUCGGGCUCUUUUAGCAGCAACCGUCGCCGCCGCCGCCCUGUGAUCUCUGGCUUCACUUCCUCCUCCUCUUCCUGCUGAGCCACUUUCCUCCGAGCAGCAUGACCGUCGUCUCCGUCCCGCAGCGGGAGCCGUUUGUUCUAGGCGGCCGCCUUGCGACCCUGGGCUUUUCCGCUCGCGGUUACUUCGGGGCCCUCCCGAUGGUGACCACGGCUCCGCCGCCUUUCCCCCGGAUCCCGGACCCGCGGACGCUGCCCCCCACCCUCUUCCUCCCUCACUUCUUAGGGGGAGACGGUUCCUGUCUGACCCCUCAGCCCCGCGCCCCGGUACCUCUGCCUAACUGCAGCGUCGCCACAGCUGCGGGCACCCCUCGGGCAGCGCCGAAGAAGCGGCGGAAGAAGAAGGUGCGGGCGAGCCCGGCGGGGCAGCUGCCCAGCCGCUUUCACCAGUACCAGCAGCACCGGCCGAGCCUGGGGGGCGGGCGCAGUCCCGCGGCGGGCCGGAGCGGAGCGCUGGACGUCCCGGAGCAGGCCGCCGCUUCGGCCCCGGGCCCGGCGGCCUCAACCCGAACUGAGGGAGCGGGCCCCUUCACCGGCCCGCUGCCGCCCGCGGCCCUCGGCCAGCCCUCGUUCAGAAGCGAGGUUUUAAAAUCAAAGAUGGGAAAAUCGGAGAAAAUUGCCAUUCCCCACGGCCAGCUUAUUCAUGGUAUACACUUGUGGGAACAACCAAAGAUAAACAGACAGAAAAGCAAAUAUAAUUUACCACUAACCAAGAUCACUUCUGCAAAAAGAAAUGAAAAUAACUUUUGGCAGGAUUCUCUUUCAUCUGAUAUAAUUCAGAAGCAGGAAAAAAAGCCUUUUAAAAAUACUGAGAACAUUAAAAAUAUGCAUUUGAAGAAAUCAGCAUUUCUAACUGAAGUGAGCCAAAAGGAAAAUUAUGCUGGGGCAAAGUUUAGUGAUCCACCUUCUCCUAGUGUUCUUCCAAAGCCUCCUAGUCACUGGAUGGGAAGCACUAUUGAAAAUUCUAACCAAAAUAGGGAAUUGAUGGCAGUACACUUAAAAACUCUCCUAAAAGUUCAAACUUAGAUCUCAGAUUUCAGUGUGUAUGUAAAACACAGUCUUUCCAAAAUUCCUGGACUCUUGAAAAGAAUUGCUACAGAAAUGGAAAUUUUCUUUGUUGCAAACCCAAGUGCAAAAGAUGAAUUUAAAAAACUACAGCCUGUAUUAUAUUUUAUAUUUUGUAAAUACUGUAUACCAUGUAUUAUGUGUAUAUUGUUCAUACUUGAGAGGUACAUUAUAGUUUUGUUAUGAAAGUAUGUAUUUUGCCCUGCCCAAAUGGUAGGAGUUUUGUGUGUGUGUGUGUGUGUGUAUAUAUAUAUAUAUACACACACACACAAUGGAGAAAUUUUAAGUGUGUGCUAAGGCACAUGGAAGACCUGAUUUAUUUGCACAAGGUACUGAGAUUUUUUUCAAGAAACAGCUAUAAAAAUCUCAAGGUGAAGAUCUAAAUGUGAACAGUUUACUAAUGCACUACUGAAGUUUAAAUCUGUGGCACAAUCAUUGUAAACAUGGGGCUUGUCUGUGUUUCUCUAAAUUGAUUUCUGCCUUACUAUCUGUGAUUACUGAAAAAUUCCCAUUACCAUUUUUACCAAAUUUAAUUUCUGGUUUUUGGUUUAUCCAUUCAAAUUUAAAAUACCUCUAAUUUUAAUCCAACAAAAUCGGUUGUAAUCAAAUUUUUAAAUAAUAAUUUGGCUCCCCCCUUUUAAAGUAGUCUUGACUCUUUGUGUGUGACUGUUUUUCAUGUUUGAAUGUAUGAUAGGAGAUGGAUUUUUAACUUCCAUUUUAGUGUCUAAAUGUUUAACUUUUUACUAAUUGUCUGUCUUCCCUCUGAAGUUUAGAGGGUCCAAUAUUUAACACUAUCACCUCUGAGGGGAGGAAUUCCUCAUCUUAAAAAUGGAAAUGGUUGUGGUCAAAAGUAAAGUUGAUGAGUUUAUAACUUACAAUAUAUUUUAUAGAUGAACUGUUUCUUAAAGUACCAUUUGACUUAACAUAGCAUAUGUUUUCAAAUGAAACAAAAGUGACACUUGUUUGGUUUGCUAAAUUUAUAUUGAUAUUGAAUGGUACUUGAACCAAAGCAAGCAUAGUUGAUUUUAAAAUAAUAGGUGGAAAUUUUGGAUUGUGAAGCUUGCUUGAAGAUAAAUAGGGCAGCUUACUAUUUUUACUUUGAUUCAAACUUUGUUCUUCUACUCGUUAUUAUAUAAGAAUCUAUUCCAGUAAGAAAGUCUAAAACACAA